GGGAAACUACAAUCCUUUAAUGCGCCUGCGAGGCUCCCACGCCCUGGGAAAGGUUCCUAUCGAUUUGCUCUGUGUUCCGCAGCUCUUUCUGGCUGCAGGCAGCCAUCUUGCUUGGAGCUUGAGACAGGGAAGAGAGAAGGAACUGGUGACACUGGGCUCAGGGCCGCCCCGGGGGCCUCGAGAGCCAGGGGCAGCCCCGGAGGUGGUCCUGGGUCCUGGGCUCUGGGCUAUGCUCUAGGGUCACAAAAGGGAGGGCAGAGGACAGAGGGCUUGAUGGGUGGAGAAUGUCAAACAAGACUUGCUGGGUGGGGGAGGGGCGUUGCUGAGGCAACUGGAGAGGGCGGGGUCAUGUCUGAAUUGCUGCUGUGAGUCACCGGAGUGCUGCCCAGGAAAGGCAGGGCUGGGGUGAUGACCAUGCUAAAGACCCAGUGGGAUUUCGCGACAUCACCUGUGUGGAGGGACUUCGUGUCUAUGGCAACUGUCACCUGGUGGAAGGGGCGGAACUAGAUUUCCUCUGCCUGCGACGCCGGCAUUCCAAGCCCUUGUCCUGCAGGCUCCCGCAGGCAGACGCAUCAUAGAAGGAAGCCAGGGAAUGGCCGCGGUGUGGCAGCAAGUCUUAGCAGUGGACGCGAGGUACAACGCCUACCGCACACCAACGUUUCCACAGUUUCGGACCCAGUAUAUCCGCCGGCGCAGCCAGCUGCUGCGGGAGAAUGCCAAGGCUGGGCACCCCCCAGCACUGCGUCGGCAGUACCUGAGGCUACGGGGCCAGCUAUUGGGCCAGCGCUACGGGCCACUCUCGGAGCCAGGCAGUGCUCGUGCCUAUAGCAACAGCAUUGUCCGCAGCAGCCGCACUACCCUUGACCGAAUGGAGGACUUUGAAGAUGACCCUCGAGCCCUGGGGGCCCGAGGACACCGCCGAUCUGUCAGCCGAGGCUCCUACCAGCUACAGGCACAAAUGAACCGUGCAGUCUAUGAGGACAGGCCUCCCGGCAGUGUGGUACCCACAUCGGUGGCAGAGGCAAGCCGGGCCAUGGCUGGGGACACAUCGUUGAGUGAAAACUAUGCCUUUGCAGGCAUGUACCAUGUUUUUGACCAGCACGUGGAUGAGGCAGUCCCAAGGGUGCGCUUCGCCAAUGAUGACCGACACCGCUUGGCCUGCUGUUCACUGGACGGCAGCAUCUCACUGUGCCAGCUGGUACCUGCCCCACCCACUGUGCUCCAUGUGCUACGGGGCCACACGCGUGGUGUCUCUGACUUCGCCUGGUCCCUCUCCAAUGACAUCCUUGUGUCCACCUCCCUCGAUGCCACCAUGCGCAUCUGGGCCUCCGAGGACGGCCGCUGCAUCCGUGAGAUCCCUGACCCUGAUAGCGCUGAACUGCUGUGCUGCACCUUCCAGCCCGUCAACAACAACCUCACUGUGGUGGGGAAUGCCAAGCACAACGUGCAUGUCAUGAACAUCUCCACAGGCAAGAAAGUGAAGGGUGGCUCCAGCAAACUGACAGGCCGUGUCCUUGCUCUGUCCUUUGAUGCCCCUGGCCGGCUUCUCUGGGCAGGUGAUGACCGCGGUAGUGUCUUCUCCUUUCUCUUUGACAUGGCCACAGGGAAGCUGACCAAAGCCAAGCGACUAGUAGUGCACGAGGGCAGCCCUGUCACCAGCAUCUCUGCCCGAUCCUGGGUCAGCCGGGAAGCGCGGGACCCCUCACUGCUCAUCAAUGCCUGUCUCAACAAGCUGCUGCUCUACAGAGUGGUGGACAAUGAAGGUACCCUGCAAUUGAAGAGAAGCUUCCCCAUUGAGCAGAGCUCACAUCCUGUGCGCAGUAUCUUCUGCCCCCUCAUGUCCUUCCGCCAGGGGGCCUGUGUGGUGACAGGCAGUGAGGAUAUGUGCGUUCACUUCUUUGAUGUGGAGCGGGCGGCCAAAGCUGCUGUCAACAAGUUGCAGGGUCACAGUGCGCCUGUGCUUGACGUCAGCUUCAACUGCGACGAGAGUCUGCUGGCUUCCAGUGACGCCAGUGGCAUGGUCAUCGUCUGGAGACGAGAGCAAAAGUAGGGUUCUGUCAGCCCUGCACAGCCCACUGUUCCCUCCUCUCCGGUCUUGUGUUGUAAAUAAAAUUUCUGUGGUUGUGUUGAGGGGCAACUCCCAGGUCUCCCACAAGGAGGCACUAGGGAGUACUGAGCCCUCCAGUGGAUUAGGGAUGGCUUCCUCAGUUGUGCAGUAAUGUGUUCAUCCAUUCAACAAGCCCUGAGUAUCUGCUGUGAUGUGUCACGUAGUUGUGCAGUCAGUAGACAGGAAUGAGAGUACCAACUGUGAUGUCAGGAACUGUUCUGAAAAGGAAGGAUACUGCUGUGGCCUCAACCAACAGAAAUCCUGCCCUUGUGGGCUUGCAUCCUAGGAGGGGCAAGCAUUCGGUAGACAAAGUACAGCCAUUCCUUGGAGUAUAAUUUGCUUUAUAAGUUUUCAACUUUUUGAUCUUACAGUGCUACAGAACCACACACAUACACCCAGUCUUGUUUUCUACUUUCAGUAUGGUGUUCAGUAAAUUACAUGAGCUAGUCAACAUUUUGUUAUAAAUUAGACUUUACAUUAGGUAAGUUUGCCUACCUGUAGAAUAAUGUCAGUGUUCUGAGCGCAUUGAAGGUAGGUGGGGCUAAGCUAGGGUGUUUGGUAGGUUAGGCAUGUUAAUGCGUUUUCAAUUAAGACAGAUUGGUUGGGGUAUAACCCUAUCUCAUCGAGAAGCAUCUGUAUAAAAGAGGAUAGUUAAAGAUGAGUGGCGUGAAGAAAAACAAAGGGAGGGAAGGAGAUGAGGUUGCAGGAACGGGAGGAGUGGGAGCUUCUUUCAGCAAUGUCCUCAGGAAAAAUGUUCCUGACAGGAUGAUGUUUUAAAGAUCUGAAUGAGCCGGGCGGUGGUAGCUCACGCCUUUAAUCCCAGCACUCGGGAGGCAGAGGCAGGCGGAUCUCUGAGUUCGAGGCCAGCCUGGUCUACAAGAGCUAGUUCCAGGACAGGCUCUAGAAACUACAGGGAAACCCUGUCUCGAAAAACCAAAAAAAAAAAAAAAUAAAGAUCUGAAUGAAAUGAGAGAGGUCAUAGUGGGGUAAAAGAAUAUCCUCAACAGAAAGAAAAGUUAGUGCAGAGGCACCGAGACUGGAGUGUGUCAGAGGAUGACCAAGCCGAGUGUGACAGGUGACAUUAGACAGGGCUUUAGGGCUUCUUGGACCAUGGUGAGGAGCUUGACUUUUCCUGAUCCUGAGUGAGGGAGGUUGGAGUGUGGGAUCAGACAGCCAUAGAGAAAUUAGGAGAGGAAUGUUGAGUUCAACCCCAGGGGCUUCAUCAGAUUAGGUUGUAAAACUUCCCAAGAUGACAGCUUCUGUGUGGGUGGACCCCACACUUAUCUGUGGCCCACAAACAGGGAGUAGAAGUGGUGAGUUCUUUGAGUUCUAGGUUAGCACGCAGGCAGCCAUGGACUCGGGCUGAGCUACAGCCCCUGCUGUGGUGAGGAAGAAAUAGAAAAUCUAUCUGUAAGUUCACCCCUAUCUCCUCCCAUGUCCUUCCAGGGCCCCAAUUUAAGUCCUGGACCAGGUCAGAAACCAAAUGCUAAUCUCUAAUAUUGGGUUUUAGCAAGGAAAUAAGUUCUAGACUUAUUGUCCAUAAUUAGAAUCAUGAAGUGCUUUCCAUUUGAAGAAUCACCAGGGGCUCUUAGAGCUAGCUCAUCCUCCCAGAUUCAUAUGCUGCUACUUUUGCAUCAGGUGGAACUGCGGCUAACAUCUUGGGACCUCAGAGUCACCAACCUAGAAGCACAGUGUUGCUGAGCUGUGGAACUAGCAGCAGAUCUUUGAUGGAAGAAGAUAAUUCCUUGUUUGUUUAAUCUGUUUAUUAGUGUGAUCACUUGUAGCCAAAAGCAUGUCUGGCUCCAUCAGACAGAUCUUAGGCAAAUGAUUAUGAGAUAAGGAUAUCUAAGUGAGCUGGACUGGCCAUGUUGUGUCAAAGUCGUGUAAGUGUGCCAACAUUCCUAAUCCAGCUUCAGGGUCAGUGAUUUCCUAUGAGGACUGUACAAUACAGCUGAAAGAUACAGGGAAGUGUACCAGAUACCAGUUAAAUGCUGAUCUUUAAAGAGACCCUCCCAAGACUAGCAGUUCAGAACUGUGCUAACUGUUUCCUGUACCAGACAGAUACACGGCUUCAACCAAGCUCUAUAGGUAGCAAGAUAAUUGGGGGAAAUACCAGUUUUCUCUAACAUCCGUUUCUUCAUGCUCUCCAUUUUCUUUAAUGAGUCUGGUUUCUGAGUGAUUAAUGAUGAAUUUUGUUUGCAUGAUUUUGGGGGUUUCCUCCUUGUAAAAUUUUUGAGGUGGCAGAGUUGACAUUCCACUUUAAAGUCCUCUUGGUGACACUUUUGACUCACAACCUAAAGGAAACUAAGCACUGAGUAAACAAGGAAGAAUAAAAAUAAUGUUAUUGGUCAAA